AUGCACAUCUUUGCCUCUAUUCUCUUGACUGCUGCCGCUGCCCGGGAGGCCUUUGCCUCUCCGGUCCAGGCUCGAUCCCCUUAUCUUGUCAAGGAAACACACCCUUCGCCCCGAGGAUGGACCAGGCUUGAUCGUGCACACGGUGGAAAGACAAUUCAACUGCAAAUUGGUCUUAAGCAAGGUCGAUUUGACGAGCUUGAUCGCCAUCUUCAAGAGGUCUCUGACCCUGACCAUGCUCGUUAUGGCCACCACCUCAGCGCCGAUGAGGUGGAUAAGCUCGUUGCACCUAGCUCGGAAACGUAUGACUUGGUUCAUGAGUGGCUUCGCGAGAACGGCGUCAGCACCGACAACAUGGCUUACAGCUCCGCCAAGGACUGGAUCAUAGUCCAUCUACCCAUUGAGAUGGUUGAAAGCUUGCUUGAUACCGAGUACCACACCUACAAGCACAAGGAUGGCUCCCUUGUCGCACGUACCACCUCGUGGUCUCUGCCACGCCACUUGCACGAUCACAUCGAUACCGUUCAGCCGACUACCUCUUUCUUCCGUGGUGCGGCUAACGAGGCAACCUAUAUCAACGAGGUUGCUGAAGUACCUGAGACUUACAAAACGCCCUCAGACGCUUCCAUCUCUGCCGUCUGUAACGUGACCUCUGUCACGCCGGAGUGCUUCCAAACUCUUUACAAGACCAAGUGGUAUCAGACCAAGGCCAGCGACAAGAACAGUAUUGGCUUCACCAACUACCUUGGCGAGAUUCCUAUCCGUCCAGACGCCAAAAUGUUCCUCGAAAAAUACCAACCCGCGGCUGUUUCACAAGCCUAUGGUUUCAAGGCAAUCACUAUUGACAACGGCCCUGCUCAAGAUGGUCCCUUGACAGCCAAUCAGUCCGCCACUGGUAUCAGCAGGGAAGCCAACCUAGACGUACAAGCCAUUGCUGGAAUCAGCUACAAGACGCCCAUCACCUCAUUCUCAACGGGUGGCUCGCCUCCUUUCAACCCAGACAUUAACACGCCAACAAACACCAACGAACCCUACCUUGUCUGGGUCAACUGGCUCCUGAACCAACGCUCGAUUCCCCGCAUCAUUUCCACUUCGUAUGGUGAUGAUGAGCAAACUAUCCCCCGCUCCUACGCCGAGCGUGUAUGCCGCCAAUUCGCCCAAGUCGGUGCACGAGGAACAACUCUCUUCUUCUCCUCGGGCGACCACGGCGUCGGCAGCACGAACACAUGCUACACCAACGACGGCAAGAACAAGGCCCAAUUCCUGCCUUCAUUCCCUGCUUCCUGCCCCUAUGUCACUGCCGUUGGCGCAACCAUGAACUUUGAGCCAGAGGAGAGCGCAUACCGCCCUUCGCGCAACACAUCUGCCGGUUUCCGCGACCUCUACUCUAGCGGCGCUGGCUUCAGCAACUACUUUGCCCGCCCCUCAUACCAAGAUGGCGUUGUACCCAAGUACGUCAAGAGCCUCGGUAGCACAUACGAGGGCCUGUACAACAAGACUGGUCGUGGAUACCCCGAUCUCUCUGCACAGGGUCUCUACUUUGCCUACUUCUGGAACGGCACCGAGGGCACCAUUUCCGGUACUUCGGCGUCUUGCCCCUUGACUUCUGGUAUCUUUUCGCUCGUCAACGACGCCCUGAUCGCCUCUGGCAAGCCCGCGCUUGGCUUCUUGAACCCCUGGCUGUACAAGAAGGGAUACAAGGGUCUUACCGACGUCAAGAAGGGAUUCAGCUACGGAUGCAACGUCCAGGGUUUCCCCGUUACCGAGGGCUGGGAUCCUGUCACGGGAUUCGGUACUCCUGAUUUCCCCAAGCUGCUCAAGCUUGCUGGUGCAGACAAGUAA